AUGAUCGACUACGAAUGCUACAAGGCAACGAAGGAUACAAAGUUGGACACCGAACAGUGUACCAAGAUUGCUUCACGCAACAAGAAUCUGGGUAUAGAAGAUUACAGGUUUCUUGCAAAAACCAUGGUUAGUUCAGGCCUUGGUGAAGAAACUUAUGGUCCAAAAAGCAUCAUAUUGGGUGAAGAAGAACACCCAAAACUUGUUGAUUCUCUAUCAGAAUUAGAAUCCGUGUUCUACGAUACGCUGGAUAGAAUAUUUGCCAGAUCGAAAAUUUCGCCAUCUCAAGUUGAUAUACUUGUGGUGAAUGUAUCGCUACUCUCAACGGUGCCUUCUUUAACGUCUAGAAUCAUUCAUCGUUACAAUAUGCGGUCCGAUAUUAAGUCGUUUAAUCUCGUAGGAAUGGGGUGUAGUGCGAGUCUAGUUGCUAUCGAUCUGGUGCAACACUUGUUCAAGACUCAGAAGAAGAAAAUAGCCAUUGUUGUGAGCACAGAAGCUAUGUCAGCUCAUUGGUAUUGUGGGAGAGAAAGGUCCAUGAUGCUCUCUAACUGUCUUUUCCGGGUAGGAGGUUGUUCGAUGCUGUUAACCAACGACAGGGCUCGCAAGAAUCAGGCCAUUUUGAAGCUCAAAUGUAUGGUUCGAACCCAUUUGGCCUCGGAUGACGAAGCCUACAACUGCUGCAUGCAGGUUGAAGAUGACGAAGGAUAUGAAGGCUUUCGUCUCAACAAAACGCUCACAAAAGUUGCUGCUCGAGCUUUGACGAAGAACCUACGAGUGCUUUUACCAAAAGUGCUUCCAUUUUGGGAGAUAAUUCGUUAUGUAUUCCUGAAAUCUCGUUCGAAAAUCAAUGUGAAAACUGGAAUCGAACACUUCUGCAUACACCCAGGAGGGAGAGCUGUGAUUGAUGACGUGGGUGCAAGUCUAGGGCUAAGCGAGUAUGACCUUGAACCAGCCCGAAUGGCGCUGCAUCGUUUUGGGAACACUUCGUCUGGUGGGCUCUGGUAUGUUCUAGGGUACAUGGAGGCCAAGAAAAGGUUGAAGAAAGGUGACAGAAUCUUGAUGAUUAGCUUGGGUGCAGGUUUCAAAUCCAACACCUGUGUGUGGGAGGUCACCAGAGAUUUGGAUCGAACAAAUGUUUGGAAAGAUAUUAUCGAAAACUACCCUCCAAAGAAGACCAUAAACCCUUAUAUUGCUAAGUACGCAUGGAUUCAUGAUAAAGAUAUGGAUUUUGUGACAACUGAUGAUAUAAAGAUGAUGCUAAUUGGUUCGGCUGCGUAG